AAGUAACAACGUGGCCAACAGAAGGGAACUGCAGUUGAAAAGUGCAGUGCGAAUGGCUGAACUAACGGAUAAGAUCGCUGACGAAAUCGCCCAAAAAAUAGCGGAUAAAAUCGCUCAAGAACUAGCGGAUAAAGACGCUCAAAAAAUUGCAGACGAAAUUGCAGACGAAAUUGCUCAAAAAAUGGCGGACGAAAUUGCAGACGAAAUUGCUCAAAAAAUGGCGGACGAAAUUGCAGACGAAAUUGUUCAAGAAAUGGCGGACGAAAAUGCACAAGAAAUAGCGGAUGAAAUAGUUGAUGAACCAGUUUAUGAAGCAAUUGAAGACACUUCCACAGAUGAAGUAGUGAAAGAAUAA